AUCAAAACAGUGGCCUGAAAAAAGCCUGUUUAUUUGUUUACAUUCUGCGCUUGAGAGCUCGCCUUUGCGGUGCGGUGUAACCUCUAUUUCUGUUGGCUGCGAAGUUCCAGUAUUCAGUUUCCCAUUGGUUUUGGAUUAGUUUGCGGAUUGAGUUAAUAGCGUUGUUGAUUGACCAUCUCAUUAUUAUAAAUGAUCCAUUAAAGGGGGCCCCUUUUGCGGCGGCAUCUACCAAAGAGUUUUGGGGAAUAUCUUUAUGACCAGGUAUGUAGUGGAUUUCAACGGAGCGGAUUUGAUUAUUCUCUUUUAUUUUCAGUAGGAUGGUUUUGGCAAUUUAGCUGAAUUGAAUGGAUUUCUGGAGGGCCUGAAUGCCGCUGCGGCUGUCUGUAAGGAUAGCUAUAUUUGAAUAAUUGUGAGAUAUGGCAUGAUCUAAGGCUUUGUUUAUUGCAAUCAGUUCUGCAGUGAGCGAUGAUGUAAUUUUGUUGGUAUAGAAACUGUCGAUGAAUUUGGAGUUAUUGUGGAGGAAUGCAGCGCUGGAGUUGUAUGCCAUUAUGAUUUGGAUUCCUAUAGCAGAUUUGAUUGAAAUACAUGGUUGUGACUAUUUUGACACUGUUGAUCUAACAGGCAGCAAGAGAUUUUCCAACGGCUCAUAUCUAUAUGAGAGGGUGCUCAUUCCUCCAUACCUAACCGGCGAAUAUGACUAUGAAAUAAUAUUUGAUGGCCACCGCAUUAAUGUUCCGCAACACGUCCGAGGAUGUGUGUGUCAGAUGAAAGCCUGCAUCCGAUUUUGCUGCCAUCCUCAGCAUCUGCUUGUUUUCAAUAAGCGGGAAUGUACAAGCGUGCAGCCAGAGACAAUUUCAUAUAGUCCGUAUGUAAAUAUUACUUUAGACCAUCAUAAAGUGGUCCAAAAAAAUAUAACUGCAGAGUUUGUAGCGCAGCAUGGGCUCCCAAUACCUUGUGCCAUCCAUUAUGCACUCCACCCGGAACAGGAUGUCGCAGAUAAUUGGAGCUUGUUCGAGAAUGGAACACUACUACGCCACUAUGAUAGAAAUUAUAUGUCCAAGAUGGACUAUUGCUUGCAGCCGGAAAAAUUCGAUGGCCAUUAUAAGCUUACCGUUCACAAUUGCGGUAUAGCUGUGGCCGAGAAAUGGGACAAAAUUAUGUGCAGAUAUGUUAUGAUAUGCUCCAUAAUAUGCAUUAUUUUAACAAUUUUUGUAUACGUGCUCCUACCCAAGCUUCAAAAACUUCAUGGUAAGUGUUUUAUCUGCUAUCUGUUAAGCCUAGGAGUCGGAUGUACUGCGCUAAUAAUCGACCAGGUCGGAGAUUGGGAAUAUUGUCUUACAACUGGUUAUGUUGGCUAUUUUGCAAUUAUGGCUGCUUUCCUCUGGUUAGCUAUAAUGAGCUUUGAUCUGUGGAACACAUUUCGGGGAACAAUACGACAUAUGACAAAAGCACCUUUCUUCCUUUCCUACAAUAUCAUCGCCUGGAGUACUGCAUUAGUACUGUUGGCAAUUGUGUAUGCAAUGGACUUUAUAGCUACUGAGGACACGCCUCUUCUCUGGAUACCAGGAGUUGGAUAUUAUUCGUGCUGGAUUAAAACUGAAGAUUGGCCGGCGAUGAUAUAUUUCUAUGGUCCCAUGAUGCUGCUCAUAAUUUUCAACGUGUCCAUGUUUAUACCGACAGCGGUACGCAUAUAUAAAACCCAGAAGGAAUUUCAAAAUAUAGUCGGCCAAGCGCGACAUCGAAAAAUGGUGAAUGAGUGGCAAACGUUCAGUCUUUUUCUGCGAUUGUUCGUAAUCAUGGGCGUGACCUGGAUUUUUGAAAUAUGUUCAUAUCUAUCGAGUAACCACAGCACACUCCGGAAAUUUUUCAUUGUUGCAGAUCUGCUAAAUUCAGCACAGGGCAUUCUAAUAUUCGGCUUAUUCGUCUUAAAGCCUAGUGUUUGGAAACUUUUAUUGAAUCGCAUACAAGGUAAGCAAACCCCCGAGGAAGCCGAUGGGUCGGAGGAAGACAUCUCUCUGUAUGCACUCGAAAUAAACAAACACUACUAACUAGGCCCGCA